UAUAAUUUAUUAAUUGUUUAUUUCACAAAUUAGAUGGAGCGGUGUUCAAGCUGCAUCUGAACAGUCAGGGAACAUGUUGCUCAUAUAUCGAUGGACAUUUGAUCGGCUGAGUCGGUCUCAGGUUAAAUAUUAACCAAAUGUUCUAUAAUUUUAUUUUUUGUUGACUACUGACGUUUGUUUUUUGAAUAGAUUAAUUGGACACCAUACACGCCCGACAUUAUGGCAUCGCUUCCUGUUAGAUGUCAGAGUGGUCAAGCGGUUUGGACUUACGUGGGUCCAUUGAUUUGUUUCCAUCUGGUCGAGAAACAUCAACCAGAUCGCGUAUUGCGACAGUUUAAUAUGUUGCAAACGCCACCAGCGAUUAGCUACACAGAUCAGAGGUUGCAUCAAAUAGAUUUAAGGGGUAAACAUGAUCAAGAUUGGCGUCGGAUUCAUGCGGAACAUAUCGGAGUGUGGAAUUCGCGAUAUGAUUUUCGGGUUGAAGCACCUACUACAAGCGAACCGACGGUAUCAGAGAACUAUUUUGUUUGGUAUAGGUCGAUUACCAGACGCUUUAUCACCCAAGAGGGAGCUUUCUAUCAUUGCAUGUAUGAUUUUGUUGACGAAGUACAAACUUUCUCCGUGGAACACGAUAUAGAAGCUUUAGGGCAAAUAUGUGAUAGAACCACAGAGCGCGUAGAUCACAUUAUUCAACAGACUCGACGACUUACUGUUGCUGACACAGAUCGUAGACGCAUGCGACGUAGACGACGACGGCAAGGCGAUGAUGUCGUAGAGGGUGAUGAGGAUAAUUAAAAGUUUGUAAAUUAAUUUUGAAUUCUUGUUAAUUUCAAUUAAAAAUGUAUAAGACAUUGUUAA